GUUGAACUGAACAGUGCGCAGAGCCGCAGACGCUGGCUUCCCGCGUUGACUUGGAGACUCCAUAACCUGCCAAGAUGCUGCUGCAGAAGAGAAGGCUCCUUCACCUGGUGGUACUAAUUGGUAUUAGUGCCCAGCUGAUCUCCGCUGGUUCGUUGCACUGGGGCAAUCGCCCUUUCGAAGAGCGACUGGAACAUGCCAAGCGGAUUCUUAGAGAAUCACCGCUGAUUGAUGGCCACAAUGAUGUGGCCAUGGAUAUCCGAUCUGUUGUCCAGAACAGGCUGGAAGAAUUCCCCUUCGACCAAAACCUGACGGAGAUUGAGCCCUGGGCAUCCAGGAUGGCCUGCAACACUGAUUUGCCCAGACUUCGGGCCGGGUUGCUGGGAGGUCAGUUCUGGUCAGCCUUCGUCCCAUGCUCGUCUCAGUACAAGAACGCAGCCUCACAGACCCUGGAACAAAUUGACGUCAUCCACAGAUUGGUGAAAAAAUACCCAGAUGAUCUCCAGUUCGUAGAUUCCGCCGAUGACAUCCUUGCCGCCCAUGCCAACGGGAAAAUAGCCUCCAUGAUCGGGGUCGAGGGAGGUCACAGCAUGGACGCAUCCCUAGGCGUCCUGAGGACCUUCUACAACGCUGGAGUUCGGUACAUGACGAUCACCCACUCGUGCAAUACGCCCUGGGGCGACACCGCUGGAAUGGAAGACACGCCUGAGUUUGACGGACUGAGUCCGUGGGGCAAGAGCGUCAUCGGAGAGAUGAACCGUUUGGGGAUGUUCGUGGACUUGGCUCACGUCUCCGCUCAGACGAUGCGAGACGCCCUGGAGGUCAGCGUUGCCCCCGUCAUCUUCUCCCACAGCAAUGCCAGGGGCGUCUGCGACGUUCACAGGAACGUCCCAGAUGACGUCCUUCUGAGGCUGCGCGAAAACGGAGGAGUCAUAAUGGUCAACUUCUUUCCUGCGUACCUGUCAGACGACCCCAACAGCGCCAACAUCAGCAGCGUUGUAGAGCACAUCAACUACAUCCGGGACCUUAUUGGCGAGGAUUACGUGGGCAUCGGAAGUGAUUUCAACGGCGUUCCCUUUUUCCCCAUCGGCCUGGAGGACGUGAGCAAGUACCCUCACCUCUUCGCCGAGCUUCUGCUGGACGAGGAACGGUGGAAUGACGAGUCCCUGAAGAAGCUGGCAGGGCUGAACUUAAUCCGUGCAUUCAGGGAAAUGGAGAAGGUACGAGACGACCUGUCAGGAAUGUCGCCUUUCGACGAACCUAUACCCAGAGAGGACAUUGUGGAUCACCUGGAUUGUGUGAACGAGUGGCCCAAACCGAAGGAAUUGUAAACAGCUUCCCACUCUUCCUCUAAGACCCCUCGUAGGCACAGUUUUCAUUUCCUUGUAGCAGAUUGGUAUCAUAGUUUUUUUUUUUUUUUUUUUUUUUUUUUUUUUUUAAGUCGUUUGUUUCUCAGAUUUCAUUUAUAAUCUUGGUAGUAGGAGUCUGUGCACUGUAGUUUUCUUUUGUUUGGUUCAGUAGUUAUACAAUGAAUUGAUAAUCCUCAUUUGUAAGGUACAAUUCUCUCUCUCUCUCUCAAGUUGUUCUUUUCGCUUUCUC